CUUCGAGAACACACGCGAGGAACCGCAUGUGGCACCGCCGUGGUGGAUGCGGCGGGAGCUCCACGCCGCGGGACCGGCGGGCUCCAUCCUGACCCCGAGGGCUCCAUCUCGCCCCACUGGCCAUCGGAACAAGCCAUAAACCGAGUUGCUGGAUCACGGGAAGGCUGGGACAGACUGCCAUGGCUGAAAAUAGCAAGAGUUUUGGAGAGAAGGAAGAGGAUCAAGACAAGAAAAAAUGUGUCUUUGGAGAGCAUGACCAUUCUGAGUUCAAAGACCAGACGACAAAUACACAACUUGUGAGCCGGCGUGCAUCCCAGAACAGUGUCAAACUGAAAGAGGAGGCUCACUCCAAAUCUCCUCCACCAGCCAGUCACAGCCUUGUCAGGGAGGCCAAAAGGACUAGCUGUGACUGGCGGAGCUCAAAAGAUGAGAAGUUUAUAGAUUUGGAGCCACAGCCUCCAGCAAAGACCAGCCCUGCUGCAGACAGCCAGCCUGUCCCUGCCAGCCAGCUCCUGGCCACAGAGAAGGCAGGAGCUAAAGCUGACCCACUGAAGGAGGAGGAGGGCUGGCUGAGUGCUGCCUUGGCUCUCAAGAAAUCUCAAGCCCAGGUGAAAGCCUUGGACGCUCCGGGUGAAGAGCUGGACGUCCACACUCCUGCCAGCCAGGUGGAUGCCUCCGCAAGAGCACCACAACAGACAACUACCCCACAGGACAAGGCACAGAGCACAGAUGGCUCCAGUCAGCCAGUCCCUCAGCUCAGCACCAUGAAAGAAGCCUCAGCAGAACUGUUGCAGUCUGCAAAGCCAGAUCCCUCCCAGAAGGUCAGAGCCCCGGAAGAAUAUACUGCUAAAUGUGCCAGAGCUUUUCAGCCGACUGAUGGUAGCAAUUUGAGAGCCCGGGACACCUGCUCACAGGCCAGUGAGAAGUCUGUGCUAGAGGACGAUCUCUUCAACAGACUGGAGGAGGAAUUGGAAUUUCUAGAGGUUAAUGCAGCUGAGUCACAUCUCCAGUGUGCAUCAAGCUGCUUAUUAGCACUGCUCCACAUCCAAGCUCAUGUGUCACAGCUGGAGGGCCAGGUCCGGACACUGGAGAUGGAGCAGGCACAGCUAAGGCAGUUACUACAGCUUCUCCAGCAGCGGCACCAGGAGGACUUGGAUCUCAUUGCAUGUGCCCACAGGAGCCAUAUGAAGGUAGUGGAGAAGAACAAUGGGCAGCAGGAGGAGUGGCUGCAGCAGGAGGAGCAGCCAGCAGCUCAGCUCCCACUGCAGAGGCAGGGCACAGCCCCAACACAGCAACAUCCCAUGUCCCAGGAGCAGGAAAAGUGUCCCAUGUCCCAGAAGCCGGACAAGCAGCUCAAGGAGCUCCAGGACAGGCUGUCGCAGCAGCAGAGGGACAUGGCGAAGGAGCGGAGCCAAUUCCAGGAGGUGAUUGCAAAACUGGAGGCCAGGCUGAGUGAGCAGACUCAGGUGCUGGAGCAGGAGCGCGGCAAGGCCAUGGUGGAGGAAGCGAAAGCAAAAUCACUGCAGUGUUCACUGGAGAAGCAGCAACAAUUCAUGAAGGAGCAGCUCUCCAUGGAGCGAGAAGAGCUGAAGAGGGUGAAGAACACUUUGCUGGAGGAGCAGAAGUCAAUGCUGCAGAAAUGUUCAGAGGAGCGAGGGAAGCUGGAGGCUGAGUGGGCAGAAUUCCACACACAAGAGAAGCUGAGGGAGGAGUGGCUGGAGCAGAAGAGGGAGCAGUCCCGGCAGAUAGACCGCACCAGGAUGAGAUUGGCCAAGGAGCAGGAAGAGCUGAGUUUCAAGGGCCAUAGGCUGAGAGCCAAGGAGGAGCAGCUGGAGAGGGACAGGGAGCAGCUAGAUGAAUCCUGGCAUGAGCUGCAGCUAGAGAGGGAGAAGGUGAACAGUAUUACACAGACCAUCCAGAAGCAGAAGAAGGAAAUUAAAAGCAUGAUUCAACGCUCAUCCCAGAAAUAUAGAGUAGGUAAGCGAGCCCUGCGUGAGGCACACCGAAUAGAGUCCCUACACCAGGACAGGCUCCAGGCCAUGCAGAGACAGUUGGAGCAGCUGAGGCAGCAUCAAGAGCUUCUGCACCAGGAUUGGCUGAGCAAAAUUCAGCAGAGGAGACAGCUCGAACAGCUGUGCAACUCAGCCCAGAACCUCUGUGCCCCUAUGGAAAACCUCUCCAGCACACCGUGCAGGAUCCACCCUCAGUAUGGCCUGUGGUAUUGCAGGGACAGCACAGACAGCUCCACUGCACUCUAUGCUACACUGCAGAUGCUGAGACACAGGGCCCAGAUGGAGCUUGAUUUCUUGGAAGGUGAGCGUGUCUUCCUGGAGUCCCUGAAGAAAACACCCAACUCCGCAUGACGCCUGUCCACCAGAGGAGGUGACAUCCCCCCACACGCUACCAAGGGAUAAUGUGCCCUCCGACCUGGGGAGAAAAGUAAACAAUAAAUACUCCAAGU